AUGUCAAUCAGUCUUUCAGAUAACCCUCCUCGUCGUCGUCAUCAUCAUCAUUCUUCGAAAAGUCCUUUGUUAAGAAAAAUCGUUAAAGCUUGUCGUUCUUCUUUACCUGAACCAGAUUUGGUUUUGAAUUUAGAUGUAGCAGAUUAUAUUAAUGACAAACAGGGGGCUAAUGCUAGAGACGCGGUCAUGGCCAUUGGCAAAUUAAUUAAUAAUCAAGAUCAUCAGACUGCAAUCCUAGCGUUAUCUCUAUUAGAUGUUUUAGUUAAAAAUUGUGGUUAUCCAAUUCAUUUACAAAUUUCAAGAAAGGAUUUUUUAAAUCUAAUGGUUCAAAAAUUCCCUGAAUUCCCACCUUCUCAAUUAAAUUUAGUUCAACAUUUCAUUUUAAAGACUUUAGAAGAAUGGUAUCAGACUUUAUGUAAGCAUACCACUUAUAAAGAUGAUUUAUUAAAUAUUCAAGAUAUGCAUUCGUUAUUAUAUUCAAAAGGUUAUACUUUCCCAACUGUCACUGAAGUAGAAUUAUCUGUAUUAACUCCGAAUAAGACUUUAAUGACUCAAAGUGAAAUUGCUAAGGAACAAGAAAUUGCUCAGGGGGCAAAAUUAGAUGAAUUAAUUAGAUCAGGAAAACCUGAAGAUUUAAGAAAGGCUAAUAAAUUAAUGAAAGUUAUGGCCGGUUUCAAAUUAGAUAAUUUGAAAAAUGCUCAACAAGAAAUUAUUAAUGAAUUAUCGAAUUUAAAGAUAAAAAUAGAAUUAUUCGAUGAUAUGAUUAAUAAUAUUUUAAAUCAACCUCGUGAUGAUUGGGAAUUUGAUACUUUAAUUGAACUAUAUGGAGAAAUGAAAUCAACAAGACCAAAAUUACAAAGAUUGAUCGAGGAACAAGAUUCGAAGGAAAUGAUUGAACAAAUUAAACCGUUUGAUAUUCAAAUUGGAAAAUUGAUUUCUAAGUAUGAUUAUUUAAAAUUAAAUGAUUUAUCAAAUGCAAAGGCAAUUGUCAUUGAUCAAUUAGAUUCUCCAAAAUUAAUACCUUUAGAUGAAUUCGAUAUGAGUAAUACUAACCCUGAUUUCAAGACUUCAUAUGAUAGUAACCAACCUCCUUCUCCUGUAAGAGAAGAACAAGAAGAAAUCAAUUUAUUAGAUUUUGGUGAUGAUGAUAUGGGAUUUACAAAUAAUACUGAUACAAUCACAAAUACCGAUAAAAAUAAUUCCAAAACUAACAACUCAGAAGACUUGUUAGCAGAUUUAUUGGGUGAUUUCGAAGAUAUUAAACUAACUCCGGCAACUACAAAUCAAAGAAUUUCACUGGAUACCUCUCCACCAGUUCAACCCACUAAUAUUUUAAAUGAAUCUAAAUUCUUAAAGAUUAAUUAUAUAAUAGAAAGAAACAGCUCCAAUCAACUUUCAAUAAAAUUUACAUUUACGAACUUAUCCACUUCAAAUAUUACUAAUUUAACUUUCUUAUUAGCCGUACCCAAAAGAUUGGCAUUGACUUUAAAGCCACAAACUAAUGAUUCUUUAACUCCACUCUUAAAAGAUGGAAUUCAGCAGAUUGCCAUUAUUAAUAAUAUUAUAGAAGAUGAAUCAAAACCUUUAAAAUUGAAAUGGAAGGUAAAUUAUAGCCUAGAUGGAACUCCUCAAGAAGAAACUAAUGUUUAUAAAUUCCCUGUUUUUUAA